ACAACCGGAAGCAGUUAAGCUUGCAGUUCCCUGUGUUGUGUUGAUUUCUAGGAAAGAGAAGGAAAAAGAGAUUCUUCUUUUGACGUUUGGAUUAACCUUAGCUGCCUUCCCAGAGUUAAUAUUAGCGACAUCCUCUGAAUCAGUCGAUGGGAAAAAUCUGACAAUGUUCAGCUUUGAGGGAGAUUUCAAAACAAGACCCAAGGUGUCACUUGGAGGAGCGAGUAAAAAGGAGGAGAAAGCGUCUCUGCUGCACCGCACUCAAGAAGAAAGACGAAAAAGAGAGGAUGAAAGAAAACGACUGAAGAACGCCAUUAUCAUCCAGUCCUAUAUACGUGGCUACCAGGAUUUGAAACGACAGUAUGCCACUCAGAGGGCCAGGUUCGACGAGUGUGCCAGCCAGAAGCUGGCAGGGGGAGCUCAGCGCUCCUUGGACGGUCCUGGUCUCAGCCUUCUAUCAAGACAACUCAUAUUUUUCUACAGACAGAGUGUGGAUGCACAUAGAUUGAUAUGGUUGUGCCAGAACCUGGUGAAACUCAACAGUCAGUUUGUGCAGCUGCUGCUGGGCCAACAGAGAGAUACAUGUUUGUUUCAGAUCAAGAGGAUCUUAGGCUUCUGCUGCAGACUGCUACAAAACUGUAACGAUGAUGGUUUAAAUGUGGCUGUUCCCAUGCGGAUGCUAGAAAUCUUUUCUUCAGAGAAAACCUAUCUUCCCGUUAAUCAAGAUGCUAACUAUGUAGCUUCUUUACUAGAGCAGAUUUUGCACUAUAUGGUACAGAAAGGAUACUACCGGUCGCUGUAUAUUCUAGUGAAUCACAGACUUCCUUCCAGUCUGGAUUACAGCGACGCUCCCUCUGUCCCACUAGCAAGCACACUGUUGGAGCACAUUCUAAAACCUCUGCACUUUACCUACUCCUCCUGCACAACAGGCGCAAGGCAGUUUGUAUUUGCAGCCUUUACUGAGGAGUUCAUCUCUGCACCGUUCACCGAGCAGAUCUUUCACUUCUUUAUCCCGGCACUGUCCGACGUCCGUCUCUCGUUCCCCUUCGAGGCCUUCCUGAGCUCCCUCCAGGCCACCAUCAGCUCCUCUUCUUCGCCUCAGAGCAAGGCCCCCUGGGUGUUUUACUUUGUCCUCUCUGCGGGGGAGAACUGCUUAGCCUCGCUGUCAGAGGAGGGUCUCCUUCUGUAUCUUCGGGCUCUGCAGACGCUGCUGCCGCUGCUGCCUGUGUCUGAGAGCAGCAGCAGGCCUGAAGUCAACAGCGACUCAGAGGAUGAAGACAACACUGGCAUCCAUCCACCGCCCAUGCAGGAUAACACCAGGAUCUCUGUGCAGCUGAUCACAGAGGAGUGUGUGCGCAAGCUGGACACGAAGCAUCAGACCAACGCAUUGCUCAACCUGGUGUGGAGGGACUCGGCCAGUGAGGAGGUUUUUACUAUGAUGGCAUCCAUCUGUCACACGCUCAUGGUGCAGCAUCGCCUCAUGGUGCCAAAAGUCAGGCUCCUGUACAGUUUAGCUUUCAACGCACGCUUCCUGAGGCAUCUCUGGUACCUCAUAACGUCCAUGACAACGAAAAUGAUCACUGGCUCCAUGGUGCCCCUGCUACAGCUGAUCUCACGGGGGUCUCCAAUGUCGUUUGAGGACUCCAACCGCAUCAUUCCCCUCUUCUAUCUCUUCAGCUCUCUCUUCAGCCACUCCCUCAUCUCCGUGCAUGACAGCGAGUUCUUCGGUCACGAAAUGGAAGGUCAGACGCAGUCCUCCAUGAUGCCCUUCACGCUGUUAGAGCUGGUGACUCUGUCUCGCUGUCUGAGGGACGCGUGCCUGGGAAUCAUUAAGCUGGCCUACCCUGAGACCAAGACCGAGCACAGGGAGGAGUACAUGGCCGCCUUCCGCAGCGUGGGCGUCAAGACGAACACCGAGGUUCAGCAACGCAUCCAGGCCGAGCAGAAACGCUGGGUACAGCUCUUCAAGGUCAUCACUAACUUGGUGAAGAUGGUGAAAGCUCGCGACAUCAGGCGACCCUUCUGUCCAGCAGGUCACUGGCUCUCCGAGGAGGUCAACAUCCGAGCAGAUAAGGUCACACAGUUGUAUGUUCCGUCUGCGAGACAUGUGUGGAGAACGCGAAGGAUGGGCCGCAUCGGGCCACUUCAAUCAACCCUUGAUGUUGGUUUCGAGCCUCCGCAGCUGUCUGUUUCCGAAGAGAGACAUCUGGCCAUCCUCACUGAGCUCCCUUUCGUGGUCCCCUUCGAGGAGCGAGUCAAGAUAUUCCAGAGGUUAAUCUAUGCUGACAAACGGGAUGUGCAGGGUGACGGGCCUUUCCCAGACGGCAUCAAUGUCACCAUCAGACGCAACUACAUCUACGAGGACGCCUACGAUAAACUCUCUCCUGAAAACGAACCGGACCUGAAGAAACGGAUCCGGGUCCAUCUCCUGAACGCUCACGGUCUGGACGAGGCCGGCAUCGACGGCGGUGGCAUCUUUCGCGAGUUCCUAAACGAGCUCCUGAAGUCGGGCUUCAAUCCUAACCAGGGCUUUUUCAAGACCACAAACGAGGGCUUGCUGUACCCCAGCCGCGCAGAGAUGCUGGUCGGCGACUCCUUCACAAGGCAUUACUACUUUCUAGGCAGGAUCCUGGGAAAGGCGCUGUAUGAGAACAUGCUGGUGGAGUUGCCCUUUGCCAGUUUCUUCCUGUCCAAACUUCUGGGAACGAGCGCCGAUGUGGACAUCCACCACCUGGCAUCGCUGGACCCGGAGAUGUACCGCAACCUUCUCUUCCUCAAGAGCUACGAGGGCGAUGUGGAGGAGCUGGGCCUCAACUUCACGGUGGUCAACAACGAUCUGGGAGAGGCUCAGGUGGUUGAGCUUAAGCUUGGAGGCAAAGACAUUCCCGUGACCACAGCAAACCGCAUCGCCUACAUCCAUUUGGUGGCCGACUACAGACUGAACAAGCACAUCAGACCUCACUGCCUGGCCUUCAGACAAGGUCUGGCCAACGUUGUUAACCUGGAGUGGCUGCGCAUGUUCGACCAACAGGAGAUCCAGGUGCUGAUAUCCGGGGCUCAUGUGCCAAUUUGUCUUGAUGACCUGAAAAAGUUCACAAACUACUCAGGUGGUUACACGGCCACUCACCCCGUCAUCCAGAUCUUUUGGGAGGUGGUUGAAGGCUUCACAGACGAGGAGAAGCGCAAGCUGCUGAAGUUUGUCACCAGCUGCUCUAGACCUCCUCUCCUGGGCUUUAAGGAGCUCUACCCGGUCUUCUGCAUCCACAACGGCGGCUCCGACCUAGAACGCCUGCCCACCGCCAGCACCUGCAUGAACCUGCUGAAGCUGCCCGAGUUCUGCGACCAGCACCAGAUGAGGAACAAGCUGCUGUACGCCAUCGAGUCCUCGGCUGGGUUCGAGCUGAGCUGAGGAGGGGCGAAGGCUUCUCUGUCCCCGUGGACUCCCCAUGUCACAGAAAAAGGACGGCUUGUGAGAGAAAGACUUGAGAGAAAAUACAAACAAGACGGAGGGGGGGGAAGCAAAUGAUGCACUGACCUGCCUGAUUUUCUGUUUGUUAGUGUGUGUGUGUGUGUGUGUGUGUGUGUGUGUGUGUGUGUGUGUGUGCGUGUGCCAAGCCUGAGCAGAAAGGUGCGAGGAUGACGCAGGGUAGGAAGCCUUUUUUUUUUAAAAACCCUUUUAAGUAACUUAAACGUUGAAGUAAUCACCUGUCAAAACUCUUCUGAAUGAAAGUGAAAGUGCGUAGUUGUUGGGAGGAAAUCUCUCGCACAUGAAUGGACAGUUAUUCUUCUUCACCAAAGAUUAAGCGGCAUCGUAUAAAAAAGGCAAUAUAAGAGACGGACAGGGGCAGCCAGCUCGCCGUGUGCCAAGGGGCUGCUGAGUCGGAGGGGCUUUUGUGUUUAGCCUUCAUGUAGAGGUCAUCAGAACUCCAGUUUUUUGCGACGUCUCCGAUGAUUAGUAUAGCUAUAAAAUAACCGCCAUGUCCGAUAUCUACACCAUCAGUGUGCACACGCCGUCUGAAAUGUGUAAUGGGCUUAGAUUGUCUGUUAUUAUGGAUUUGUGAAUAUGUAUAUGUUUACAACUGCUCUUGUAUGAUUCAUUUAUUCAGUACUUGUACAGGUUUGUUUUUCUUUCCAUUGUGUGACGAAUGGGAGGCGGGCGUGUGAGGUGAACAAUCUCUCGCCUGGUCGAUGACAAGACUCUCAAAUGAUCAGUGUACCAACAGGGUGAAAAAAAAACAGAGUGUAUGGAAAUGAAUAAAACCCACUUUUUCUUUUUGCA